ACGCGAGUCGUGCCGUCGUGUCUCGAAUUUGCGAACGAUUUGUUUCUGUUCAGCAUCGAUCAACGAAAUCAAAAUUAAUUUUAUUCGAUCGCGAAUAAGACGAAUUAGCAGAAAGAUCGAAUGCUCCCCUCGGCAUUGAUAGAUUCUUUAUUUAAUCCAAUAACUAUUGUACACCGUUAAAAAUCGAAAGAUUUAUCGGUUGCAAGUUCUAUCUACCUGCCAUCUGGAAAUCGUUGCCAAAAUUCGCUACUAUCGAUCGAUAAUAUUUGUAUCUUCGUUAUCAGCGUGUACAGCGUCGAAGGGUAGUUUGUCAAACUGACGAUAGAUCUAAUUAUCGAUUUGUGUUCAAUCAUGGCUACUGUUUCUUCGCACUUUUCCUGACCGAGACGUGGGAUGAUUUUUUACUCAAAUUACGCAGCGUCGUGGAUCACUCUUCCACGAUUGGAACUGAAGAAAACAAUCGAUUUUAGCUGAUUCAUAGAUUCUCCGAGAUCCUGAUGUUGCAAUCAUUUUGAUCCUUUCUGGCCGAUACACACACGUCCGCUACUACUUGUUGACCGUGAGCGAUUGGUGCGGUUUCCCGCGUGCGGUUAUCAACGAUCAACAUAAAUUAGUCGUUUCUAGGUAAUGCUCCUGUUGCGCAUGUACCGGGUGUUUAAAAAAUCAUUGCAAAGACCACCACAUACAGGAGUUUGCAUACAAACACAAAUCAGGUAAAACAUAAAAGUUACUAACACAAAACAAAUGGAUAAAAUAACAAACUUCUAAAAGAUCAAAUCUGACAGUAGUAAAUCAUUAUUUUUCGUUUUAGAUGAACAGGGUAGGGUUACAAGAUUUCUUUUUAUUAUUUCAUUAUCUUUUCAUCAUUAUUCGUAACGCACACGCUUAUUAUUUUAGGUCCAUUCGCUGUAGAACGAAAACAACAGGCAGCAAGUAGUCCAGUCGAUGAUAGGCGCGCAGUAGAAAAAUCGUGCAUGGUCAGACCUCAAUUAACAGAUGAUACUCAGACUGUUAGGACUGAACAUAUCCGAUCAAGAACAAAUUUAUGGUAUCGAACAGAGAUUCUAAAGAGAUCGUAAACAACUCUUACCGCCAGUAUAAGCGCUUUCUAUUCGAAAUUGCGUCUUUACUUAAGCACAGCGAUGGUAUCUAUUCUUCGGAUGCAAAGGCGGCUUUUAGAUACACAGGCUCUUCACAGCCUAUUGUCUGGCCAUCGAUAAGGCCACAGAGAGCUUUCGCAAAGCUUUUGUUCGGGGUGAAACGACCGCUUUACGAUGUUCUCGCUCGACUAGGUACAUUAACGCGUGCGUCCGUUAUUCCGGAAUGAUUCCUUCGAGGCGAUUUCUUUUUCUAAUUUCCGCGUUGCUCUCUCCACCUGCUAGCCAUGAAGUUAAUCCCUUGUUAACAUUCUUGGAUAUUUUUCUUAGUCUUAACGAAAUAGCUUUACUUUCGAGAACUAUUUUCUCCUGAAAAUGUAAAUGACAGCUGCUAAAAAAGAUAAGGUCUCUUAAAACUGGAGAGGACAAAGACGCCAAUGUCUCGGUAGCCGACGACCAGCCCAAUUAACCGCCUUAGAAAUAAUUGAGCAGCUGAUCCGGGUGGUGGGAGUCUAAUAGAAUCAUGAAUAUUCAGUGCCAGAGUAAUCCGGCGAAUCUAGGCUGCGCGGAGGAGGCAGGAAAGAGGCCAGACGGGACAGGGCAGUCGGCUAAAUAAAUUCGUCGAUAACUCGACGAAAGAUCAUCGUUUAUUCAAAUAAUACGGCGGCGCGGUCGAAGAGUUUUGUAACGUCGUAGUCCGUGCUUCGAAAAACCAUUUCGGGCUUGCGCGGCAGCGGGCAUCUGCCGUGCUUUUGCGUGGCCAGAAGAGAGGAGGCUGGUUCUGGCUUUCCAUGCAUCGCACAGCGUGGUUGUGCGAUGGUCGCGCGCGUCGUCACCUCGAAGAGCACAGUCUGGCCUGUUAAGUUACGUUAGUCUGUCGCGGAGCAUCGAUCGGUACAUCGGGUGCACGAUUGCGUCGAUCGGUUUGAGCGACAGGUGAACAUCGCUUCGAGAUAGCAGUUUUUAGAAGAUUUGGAAGAUCCGUCGGCGAAGAAACGUUAAACCGAACACAGGGAGAGACAGAGAGAAAUAAAGAAAAAGAGGAAGCAAGAAAACAACACCGUAAGAUCGGAUCGAAUCGGGAUCGGUUAGCACGUAAGGGGUGAUUGAUCUCGGCAGAGAGUGCGAUCGAACUGUCAAAUGAAGGCACGUAAGAGCCGCGAGAAAAGUAAGUCCAUCAAUCAUACAGGCGGACUGUAGUGCCGCUCGAGUUUCCUCUCCGAGUAAGCCGGGUGCAGGCCAGUCGAUACGCCGUGGAAAGAGAUCCUCCUUGAGACGAAGGGAUUGCACACACACACGGCCAGGGUCCCAGAGCUGAUCUCCCCCCUAAUCGCGCGUGUUCGGUGAUUACGGCCUGGCAAAGAUGCAACGGCAAGGUGCGAGACUCCCAUCGACUCAGACAGAGCAAAUCGAACAUCAACUCUCUCUUACUCUCCUCUUUUCUUGACCACCCCCGUCACACUUGAUUUGCCCCGUCCAUGGACGAGUCCUUGUUGAACAGUUUAGCCUCUCACACCACCUGCCACGUUAUAUAUCUCUUUCUCAACCUGUCUCUUUAUCUCUGUCUCUGUCUGUUGUUUUGUUUUCUCUUUGAAACUGCUAGUCGAUCCGCUAGGGAACCGACCGAUGGCGACGACGCUAACAUUCUCUCCUAGUGAUCUCUUCCCUCAAUCCGGCCUUGUCUCGGAUUCCCGCGUUUCGCGAUUGACGAAUAACCCUCGCAUAAGCGGGGUGGCCACGGGGGUAGGAGAGCUAUCCCGUUGCUAUGGUGACCCCGGAUGCCCGGGACCCAGAGCUGCCAGUCGAAUCACGGUGCAGAACGUAUAGAACCGUCUCUCUGCAGUCUGUAUACAUGUACAAGAAACUUCCAAAGCGCCCGGCCGUGUUUCGGACGAUCUCUCGAGUCCCGCGACAGCCUUGAAUUUUCUCUGAAAGCCCCUUUGUAACGCCUCCCCCGCCGCCCUCUAAACCGCGAGCAUGCGGAUCCUCCUACCGGGUGUUUCUACGCACGAGGAUCCGCUUGACGACCGAAAAACCAACGUCGUAAUUCUAGCCUCUUGCCGAGAAAAAGAUACGGGCAACCGGUUGCUUGCCAUUUGAUCAAUACUCACGAGUUUCUGCAAAAUUGAUCGUCCAGCGCUCCCUUGGCGUUCCGACUGUCCUAACACGGUUCUUCUCGAUUUAUUUGAUCGACAAGCUGUUUAGAUCUUUCGUUGAAUUGCACUUCAACCAUCUCGUAUUUGAAUUUCAAGUAAUUCGAAAGUAACGAAAUUAAAUUACAACGUAAUUCAAUUAGCGCAGCUAUGUUUACGAACGCCUCGAACAAAGCACCGUGUCUCGGGAACAUCGAUGUUUGCGAUAACACAACACAAUGUAUCUGAAAAGCCUUUGUCAGAGGGUUGAACAAACCCCCUUGUACCGAAUUUCUUGUGCGAGCCGCAUCCUUUUAACUAUCUAAACAACUUGCCAAGGGUAGCUUCGACGAACGAUCAGAGUGUCUGACCCCUGGCGAUGCUGCGAAGUUAUUUUUUCCUCGUCGUUGCCGUUUACACUCGAAAAAGCCUGGCUAGAGAGAAAACGCGUUGGAUCGUUAAUGUAAACACUUGUCUAUCUUUGGCAGCUUGUUAGAGUGGUUGGUCCACGAUUCGAGAAACACACUGUAGACAUUGGCUGUUAAUAUUCACGGCACUCUAUAUAGAUCCCUGCGUCGUGCAGCACCGCGUAAUCUUCAUAAUGGGCUAAUAUUUGCUCGCUCCUCAGCAAGUUCCCGUGAUUGUAAUUUUAGCAACGAUCAAUGGUUAGCUUCUACCCUUACGAGGGGAGAUCGUGGAUCGGGCGAGCGCUUUUCGGAUGAAACUUGGUACCCGAGCGAAACCUAGAAUAUAUCCAGCCCUGAUUUUCGGUCGUGCUAAAAUUAAACGCGUCUACUAAUCGGCUCGAUAGAUAUGUUCUUAACGAACAUCAUUAAUGGAAGAGCAUGAGAAAGCCGCGGGAAGAGACCGGUCGCUUUCGAGACGUCGCGUCGUAUCCGAUCGCCAAGAGGGUUGCUCGAUCCGUUCUCGUCGUUCGCGUGUCCGCGAUAUUAUCGAAAUUAAAGGUUGAACGGUUCGCCUGGUCGUUUUUCAAGUACUGAACGGCAGCAUGCGUACAUACAGAAGUACUCUUGACUGCAUGCUAGGUAGAUACACGCGAAUUCGCUUGCGAACUGCUCAUCUGAUCGAUCGGCAUCAUCUCUCUUUUGUUACGCUUCAACCCUUUGCACUUCGAGCAGUUUUUAUUACGAGCCACUAGCAAUUCCGUGACCUCAUUCCCGCGCCACUUCCGCUAAUUGAAGCCAUCGUCUGCCCCCCGAACAGAGCUCCAUUAACGCUUCCGCAGAGUAGCAGUAAACGCUGCGAAUACAUUUCGUUUUAAGUGCAAAGGGUUCAACAGUAAAAGUUGAAAGUUCAGACUGAGGAAUUUAGCGAGUAGCCGACGAAGUUCGUUCUGUAGAUCUCAGUGAACACGUAGUACGUAGCAACAAAUUAUCCGUAGCAACAAUGAAUAGCAUUGUCAGGACGUUCCGUGAACCGUCGAUUAAACAAAAAUAUGAAACCAUCGAUUUUGUUUUCGGUGUUGAUCGUCCUGUUGAUCAUGGAACGCUCUGGUCAAACACUAUUCCAUAGAUUGUGGUUCACUAGGUCCUUUUCUCUAGCUGCAUUUGUAAUUUAGACACCACGUAAACGUUUCUCUAGAAUUCUCGAAUCCCAGUCUGCAAAUUCUAGUGUUGGGUCACGCUUUCGUUCGCUCUUGAGCCUUUAUUUUCCCGCCGGCAAUUACACAUUGUAUUUAUAGCGGCUUGCGUUAAUCAGUAUCGAUCAAAAACGAUGCGGCUGCCUCAGUAUGAGACCGAAGUUCUAGACCGGCCCCGUGUUCCAACGAGAAUUUUGUAUUUUCGUGCGUUCUCUCGGUGCUCAACGAAAGUGAUCGCUCGACGCUGAGUCGGCGGAACCGAUCAUCUAGCUGAAAGCUCUCUCUCCACCAUCCGACUUUGAACUAUGAUAUUACUACGUUCAAUCAGCUCUCUUUCUCACUCCCGAGCGAUCUACUUAGCGACCUAUCUCUUUCUUUUCUAACGGCGCGCACCUUUCCGUCGCCGAGCCACGGUUCACCUGUUAACCGGCGGUGUCGCAACGCGGUUUAUAUCAACCUUCAUUAAAAUUGUAGCCGCUAUUAUCGCACUACUGCGUGGACGGUAGACUGUAAGCUAAGAGUUCAAGGUCUCGCAAAGUAAACACGGUUAACAGAUGAAUCCUCCGCAAUGGGAUGGAACCGUGUGCCUCUGUCUCUGUUCAUCCCAAGUAAAACACGAUCUCCUCGAGGCUCUUGGUCGUCGAGCCACGAUCCGGGCGCAAGAUUGGUUUUACCUGGGUCGCGACCUUCGUUCUACCCUCGCCUGUAAUGCUCCGGCGCACCCUGUGCACACCUCGAGGUGUAGCUCGGCACACACCUUGGCCCCGAGUCUCUCUCCACCACCCACCCGUAGUUAAACCUAGAUUUUUUAGCUCUAACGGGGGAGUGUAAGCAGGUUGCCUGGAGGAGGAUCAGCCUGUGUCUGUCUUCUCGGGGUACCCGGCGUAUCUGCUCCUUCUUUCCGAGCUCUUGUUUGCACCCUGUCUCGUAAGUAGUACACGCGUGGCCGUCGCUCCUCCCUGCCUGCCUGCUAGUGAGAGGGAGGAGGCAUCCGCGGGCACGCGACAACUCUUUUUCCCUUUAGAAUCUGAUGUAGAGGAUGACACGCACAUUUGAACCGAAAGAGGGCGAGCUUGAAGAACUCGGGGGCGUUUUAGGGGGUUCCACCGCCGGCGCCCUUGCCCUCGGCGGCCGGCACAAGCCCGAGGAGCUCGCGACCCUCGCAGCCAACACCAGGUUCUCCAAGAAGGAGAUACAGUUGAUCUAUCGGGGAUUUAAGCAGGAGUGUCCGACCGGGCUCGUCGACGAGGAGGUCUUCAAGCAGAUCUUCUCGCAAUUCUUUCCGCAGGGAGAUGCCAGCCAGUACGCUCAUUACGUUUUCAACACCAUGAAGAGAAAAUCCUCUGGGAAGAUAAGCUUCGAGGAGUUCCUGACAAUCCUGUCGAAAGUGUCCAGGGGCUCGGUGGAGGAGAAGCUGCAGUGGGUAUUUGGGCUCUACGACCUCGACGGAGACGGACUGAUCAGCAAAGAGGAGAUGCUGGACGUGGUUGGGUCCAUCUACGAGAUGCUGGGCCGGUACACUCAGCCGCAGAUCGUCGAGCCGCAUUUGGCUGCCCGGGAACACGUCGAUCGUAUAUUUCACUUAAUGGACGCCAACAAGGACGGCGUGGUGACCAUCGAAGAGCUGGUGCAAUGGUGUUCCAAGGACGAGCAGGUCCUGCGAAGUCUGGACACCCUCGACACCGUCUUAUGAGAUCGCUAUGAUUACUCUGAAACCAUCGCUCGAUUCCCGACGGUCACGGAUUCCCCAGUUUCCCGGCGGUCGAGAGAGCUCUGCGCGUAGAUUCUUCGAAGUGUCUUGUCAGAGCUCCUCGAGCGCCGUUUGUAAAUAUGUAUUUACCCUACCUACCCAGUCUUUCAACCGUGUUGUCGAGAGCACGACGAUCCUAGCAGUAUUACCGAAUCCCCGGCGCAGAGAUUGUUUAAUCUCCCCUUUCGCUCUUAAAUCCCGCAAGAUUUUGUAAAUAACGAAGAGCGUCUCGAAGAACGCACUCAGUAAUAGAGAUCUCUUGAUGUACGCUCGUGAUAGAGCAAGGUAGCGAGGCUAGCAGGAUCAUGGAUGAUGAUCCAAUCAUUGAUCGAGGGACUGCUGUGUAAAGUAUCUCCCAUGUAAGCUGGUUUCCCGCUGAGUUCGCAUACCUUGCUGUAUCACCAACAAAAAAAUGUAUGUGUUAACGAUGCAGAACAAGUAUAGCAUGCAUCGAGAGAUCGUUAAGCAGGAUCGAUGCUGAGGGAGUAGCUUCGGGUUCCUCGAUUUAUUUGCUAUUUACAUACGAACCGGAUUUCCACGUCGCUGCGACGACGAAGGGCUCAGCCACCGGUUCGAUUCAGAGCCGCCCGAAUUUAAUCUUUUACCUCUUAUACUUGCUCCGAAUCUAGUAUCUUCCCUUUUACGAGGUCUCGCAAAUAUCAAAUCUCCUCGAUUAAACUUCUCAGGAUCUUCAGACCGCACAUUUCGCUGAAUGUUCAUUUAUGAAACAGUCGAGCUUCGACUGUCGGUCGUUUUUUGCAUGUUGUUACGACUAUCGAUAUACCGAUAAUAGGCGGACGAUACUUAGACCGCGGAUUUCAUGCACCUGUUGCAAACAAGGUUGCCUGUGAACGCAUUGUCGAAGUAAUCGAUAAAAAAUACAGAAUUAUAUUUAAUCUGGAACCGGUUCCAGAGAACUCCAUUUGCAUAAACAUCCGCAGUCUAAUGACACAAAAUUACUUAAGAAAAACAAUUAAAUUACUUAAGAAAACAUUUGGAUCUUAUCGUUUAAGUGUCAGGCAGAUGCGAAUUUAUAUUCGACAAUCGAUUAAAUCUAUCUUGCAUGGCCAGUUUCUUCUUUUACUUGCAACAUAUAAUGUUGAUUGAAUUCUAAAACAACAAGGCGCAAGGUUCCGCGGUGUUCGCAUAUGCCUGCUCUAGUAGAAUUAUAGUCAGAACAUCUUCGAUGACUCAUGGAAAAUCUCCGAUAGGAAGAGUAGACAGCAUACCCAUCGAUAGAACGUUAGAUACCCUCGACCAACUAAGGAACGUGACCCAUCGUGGUCCACGGUUCGUGUGAUUCUCUCGUACCUUAAUAAUUAUUAUAACCGUCGCGUUUCAAGAUUGUUGUUAUCGAUACAAGUAUUCUCUACCCCUCUAUCUGUCAGAGAUAGGCAAAAUCUUAUUCUAUUAAGUCUUACCGAACCAACGGAAUGAUCAAGGGGUGAUCAAUUCGAGGUGAUCGAUUCGAUCUAUCAUUUCACAAAAAUACUAAGUUAAGGGAUUUGCGGAAAUUAGCCUAUGUAUAGAAGAUUUCGAGAUUAUUUUCAUCGAAGAAUGAUUUUGUCUAUCUCGGAACUACGAGACCUUGUCGUUGAAUAUCAUACUUAUAUAGAUAUUGUUGGCGUUUACUCGAGGCAUUCUAAAGCGUGUACAAAUUAUCAUCGAGACCGUUGAAUUUCUCAAGUUUAUUGUAAAAGUCUGUAUCAUAAUAUAUUCGCGGGAACGUGAACCACGCUCCCGCGUGAUUGUAAAUGUAAAGAGAUAUAUAUCGGUUUCCUUUUGAUUGCUCUUCAAUAUAUAGUUAUAUGUAUACAUAUAUGUAUAUAUAUUCGUAUAUAUAUAUAUAUAUACAUGUAUAUACAUAUAGUUGGUACGACUCGUGCCAUUCAAGGAAUCGAUUGUUUUACUAAUUGAUACGUCGCAUACAUCUGCGUUCGUUAUUAUGCUAUACAUUAUACGCAGGACUAUGACCGUGCGAUCGAAUGCACAAGCACAUCGAAUUGAAUGUCUUCUGACUUUUUAUAAGUCCAUUAAAGGUACAGUAUUGUUAAACGAUUCGAUAGUAUCUCAUUCAAGGGUUUCCGGAGAAGAUUGGGUGUUUUUUUCGUGUUUUUUUAACAUUUUUAUUGCAACCUUACAGAUUUGUUCGUAAUAAAAUUCAGUAGCGUACACUCGAGCCUUGUGUAGGCAACCAGGCAAUCGUGCAACCAUUCAUCAUAUUUUCUUUAACAAUUUCUUGUGUUUGCAAAAUAUAGUAGCAUUCUGAAAUCUGA